GCCAACAACACAUUCAUCAUCCGCCUCACCAUGGGCAGUUGUCCUUCCAAUCCCACAACAUGUCGUGCCCUUGCCAUUUUGACCCAAGGCCGACCGGCUGUGCACAUCCCAGAUCCGGAAUGCCGCGGGAUUCUUCUUUCACAGCUGGAAGAUCUAGUGGAGGUUCUGUACAGCAGCUUCGAACCCGCAGAUGAAGUGAACCUCUAUGAACUCUGCGAGUGUUUGAUCAAGCCUUUAACAGUCCCAGCAAGGUGCAGUUAUGUGGAACGGAUCGCGGAAUCCAUUCAUUUGCAGAUGCCCUCCUUCUUUGUGAGCCACUGGUGGGGUGAGUCUGUGGUUGCAUCCGUGAAAUGCAUCCAAAAACAUGCAUUUUUAAGAGGACGUUCCAAAGCGGAUGCCUAUUGGAUCUGUGCCUAUGCAAACAAUCAACAUGAUCCUUCAGCUGAGAUUGGUGAUAGCCCCAGCAAGUCCCCAUUCUUCAAGGCUAUGCAAUUGUCCGAAGGUGUAUUGUUGAUCUUGGACCAACAUGCAACCCCUUUCAAAAGGAUGUGGUGUUGUUACGAGGAGAGUGUCGUGGUGUCUGAAGGCCAUCGCUUGCUCCUGGACAUUGCAUGUGCUUGGCAGGGUGAGGCCGAGUUGUUGACCGAUGGCCUCACCGCCAACGAGGAACGCAUGGAGCAACAGCACCGCCAGGUCGUGCACAAUGUCGGUGGCUGGGCAGCUAAGGGCCAGCGGGAGGCCAACUUCCCUGUCGAGCUCAUUCAGGAAGGUCUUCGGAUCUGCAUCUCUCAAGCAUCAGCCAGUCGGGAAGAGGACCGGCGACGGAUUCUGAAUUCUAUUGCUGGCCAGCCAGACCUGGACUCGAUUCCGGACCUGGAGCAUCCGGCGUAUUCACAGGUGGACGAACGCUUGCAUUCGAUCUUCGCCCUCGCCGCCUGGCGCCGUGCCCUGGACACUCCGCUGGGCCCGGCCGUGGGCGCCGCCCUGCGCAGCGACCGCGGCAGGCGCCGGUUGACGCUGCACUUCUCGGGGUUGCAGGGCUUUAUGGACCGACACUUGGAGCAGAUGGCCAGCUGCCUGCCCAGUGGCUUGGAGCAUGUGAGGCUGCAUUUUGAGGAAUGCCCACUGACAGACUUGGCACCCUUGUGGCAAAACUUGCAGAGGCUUGAGAGCUGCGCUCACUUGGACUUGAACUUCGCCUUUUGCAAAGAGCUCCGCUCCUUGCGGGGCUUCGCAGACACAUUGCAAGGCUUGAGACAGUUGAGAAGCCUGACGCUCCAGGUGGAAGGCUGCAACGUGGCAGCCCUCGACAUGAACCUGGCUUCGUCUCCACUGCGAGAGCUUCGUCUCUACGGUGGGCAGCUUCCGCUGGUUGGCCUCGGCCUGCUACAGGAGGGCUUGGGAAGCAGCUCCCUGGAACAUUUGACCUUUGAUUUCAGCAGCUGCCAUCAUCUUGAGUCAAUCGCUAUCUCGAACUGGCCCAGAAGCCUGCAUCAACUGGAGCUGUGCUUCCCAAGGUGCCCCCGUCUAGAAGUUCCUGCAUCCUUCUGGCAGACCUUCAUGGGCUUGCAAGACUUGCGGGAUCUGAAGCUGAACUUUGCUCACUGCCGGGGAGUGCUUGAUGGGGGCGCUCAGCUGCUAAAAGCUUUGAAAGCGCUGAGCAAGCUGGAACGUUUGAAGUUGAAUUUCUACUACUGCAGCAGUUUGUCACCUCAUCUUCAGUGGGCCUUUGAAGAUCUUGUUGCCUUGGAAAAGGCAGUGGCCAAAGGCCAUGCGCCGAGAUCUACAGUGGAUGCAGAGAGUCGAAGAAAAGUCUCGGAGCAAAGAAUGGCGCCUCUGCGAAGCGGGGGGGUUCCAGCUAAAGCGCAUUGGACAAAGCAGGACACGGCAGAUGCAUCUUCGAGCCUUUGAAUGAAUCUUGCGAACGAAGUGGAUGUCAUCAGGGGGUCUGUGCGGGAGUGUUGGGGACUCUCACAUCACCUGCUCGACCUUCUUGAGUAAAGCGCGUUGCUUUGAGCGUCUACGAGGGCUGGCUUUCCCUCACUCACUUCUCAGGUUUUUUAGUGUGGAGGCCAAUCAAAGGAAGGAAAGCAUAAAACAUGGCAAGGCGGCGAUGUGGUUGUUUUUGCGGGAAUUCGGAUUGUCAUGCCCGCCCACCUGUCACAGGGUUGCCCUAAUUUUACGCUUAGAUUGAUGAAAAAAUUGUCCCUGUGAAGGUGGUCAUGGGAUCCCCCAUCGCCGUGGCCUUGCUGGCAUCUUCGAAGCUGUGGAAGGAGAGGAUGAAGACAGAGACAAGGAGACGGAGGAGUCGGGCGAUGAGACCGAGGAGUUGGCCGCAAGAUCUGCGCAGAGACUGCCAUUGCCCAAUGCGAGAGAGAUGAAAGCCUUUUUUGGGAAUUGUGGACGUGGGACCGAUGAAGAGG